AUGCGGCGGUUCUGCAGACCCGGCGCUGCGGCGGCCGUGCUCCGAGUCCUGCAGCCACGGGCCCUGGCGCUGAGCGGCAGUGCCGUCCCAGCUCGGACCGAUCUCAGCCAUCGCUGCGGCAUCCGCACGUCGGACAUCAUCAUUCUGCCGCACAUCGUGCUCAACCGCCGCACCUCCGGCAUCAUCGAGAUCGAGAUCAAGCCCCUGCGCAAGACGGAGAAGAGCAAGUCCUACUACCUGUGCACCUCCGUCUCCGCCGCCGCGCUGGGGCCCGGGGCCGCCGGGAGGAUGGUAGACGCCGAGGGGCGGGACGGGCCGCCGCCGUGGGGCGAGACCACCUGGAUCUACCACGACGGAGAGGACACUAAGAUGAUCGUGGGCGAGGAGAAGAAGUUCCUGCUGCCCUUCUGGCUGCAGGUGAUCUUCAUCUCGCUGCUGCUCUGCCUCUCGGGCAUGUUCAGCGGCCUCAACCUGGGCCUGAUGGCCCUGGACCCCAUGGAGCUGCGCAUCGUGCAGAACUGUGGCACCGACAAAGAGAAGAACUACGCCAAGCGCAUCGAGCCUGUGCGCCGCCAGGGCAACUACCUGCUGUGCUCCCUCCUGCUGGGCAACGUCCUGGUCAACACCACGCUGACCAUCCUGCUGGACGACAUCGCUGGCUCUGGGCUGGUGGCCGUGGUGGUCUCCACCAUCGGUAUCGUCAUCUUCGGCGAGAUCGUGCCGCAGGCCAUUUGCUCUCGGCACGGCCUGGCCGUGGGCGCCAACACCAUCUUCCUCACCAAGUUUUUCAUGAUGAUGACCUUCCCGGCCUCCUACCCGGUCAGCAAGCUGCUGGACUGCGUGCUGGGCCAGGAGAUCGGUACGGUCUACAACCGUGAGAAGUUGCUGGAGAUGCUGCGGGUCACCGACCCUUAUAACGACCUGGUCAAGGAGGAGCUCAACAUCAUACAGGGAGCCCUGGAGCUGCGCACCAAGACAGUGGAGGAUGUGAUGACUCCGCUCCGAGACUGCUUCAUGAUUGCUGCUGAGGCUGUGCUGGACUUCAACACCAUGUCUGAGAUCAUGGAGAGCGGCUACACCCGCAUCCCCGUUUUUGAGGGUGACCGCUCCAACAUCGUGGACUUGCUCUUCGUCAAGGACCUGGCUUUUGUGGACCCUGAUGACUGCACUCUGCUCAAGACCAUCACCCGCUUCUACAACCACCCGCUGCACUUUGUCUUCAACGACACCAAGCUUGACGCCAUGCUGGAGGAGUUCAAGAAAGGCAAGUCUCACCUGGCUAUAGUACAAAGAGUAAACAAUGAAGGAGAAGGGGACCCUUUUUAUGAAGUCCUGGGAAUUGUCACUUUAGAAGAUGUGAUUGAAGAGAUCAUCAAGUCAGAAAUUCUGGAUGAAACAGAUCUAUACACUGAUAACAAGACGAAAAAGAAAGUAGCUCAUCGAGACAGGAAGCAGGACUUCUCUGCCUUCAAGCAGACAGACAGCGAGAUGAAGGUUAAAAUAUCACCGCAGCUCCUCCUGGCAAUGCACCGCUUCCUGGCAACAGAAGUAGAAGCCUUUGGUCCAUCCCAGAUGUCCGAGAAGAUCCUUCUCAGGCUGCUAAAACAUCCCAACGUCAUCCAGGAGCUGAAAUAUGACGAGAAGAACAAAAAAGCCCCAGAACACUACCUCUACCAGCGAAACAAGCCUGUCGACUACUUUGUUCUCAUUUUACAGGGGAAGGUGGAAGUGGAGGCUGGGAAGGAGGGGAUGAAGUUUGAAGCUGGUGCUUUUUCCUACUAUGGGGUGAUGGCCCUCACAGCAUCGCCAGUUCCCUUGUCCCUGUCUCGUACCUUUGUUGUCAGCAGAACAGAGUUGUUAGCAGCAGGUUCUCCAGCUGAAAACAAGUCUCCACCUCGGCCCUGCGGCUUGAAUCACUCAGACUCUUUAAACCGAAGUGAUCGCAUCGACGCAGUGACACCAACGUUAGGGAGCAGCAACAACCAGCUGAAUGCGUCCUUCCUGCAAGUGUACGUUCCUGACUACUCAGUGAAAGCACUCACAGACAUUCAGUUUGUCAAGAUCUCAAGACAGCAGUACCAAAAUGCCCUGAUGGCAUCCCGGAUGGACAAAACACCUCAGUCCUCGGACAGUGAAAACACUAAAAUCGAACUGACUCUUACGGAGCUGCAUGACGGUUUGCCGGACGAGACAGCAAACCUGCUGAACGAACAGAACUGUGUGACUCACAACAAGCCCAACCACAGUAUGCACAGUGAAGGAGCCAUCUAGGAGCUGACUCCCCACGACCCACCCAUCCCAUCUCCUCAGCAGGACCAGCCCUCGCUCCUUCCCUGUCUCCUCCCCGAGUGUGACACCGUUAGUACGUGCUUGCAACACUGUGCUGCAUCCAGUGUUCUGAGACCAAAGACUUUUGCGUCCGUUGUGGGAGCAAGAAGAGGAAGAAACAGGAAGAAAGGAGCAAAGAGCAAGACAGAGAGACUAAAGCCCCAAGUGUACUUUGGGAAUGGUGAGCCACCCUUGAGAACAAUGAUAAUACUUCUUGCAAAGUAGAAUCAUGUUUAUUUUUUAUCUGUAUUUUUGAUCCUUGUUGGGUUUUUCCUCCUCAGACACAUAUGGAGAAGUUUAAAAACUGCUCCGGUUAUUUUUUCAAGAGAGAUCAUGUUUUUGAAGAGUAUUUUGCAGAGUUUUAAAUUGUUUCUGUCCCUCCCCAACCUCAACUAGGCUCUGUCGUGGUUUUGUGAGUUGUCCUUAGGCCUCUUUUCACCUCUCUCUGUUCCUUUUUGUUGCCAUGUCGAAGAAGUUAGUAACUGGUACUUGUAUGUAUUUGUGUCCUAAGAAUGAGUGAGCGAGCUUCAAGGAACCUCUGGUUUUAGCCACCUGGAGGGUCACGGGAUGAGUAUUAUUACAUUCUUCCAGUUAAGUUUCAGGGAAGGAGUGGUUAUUUUAAUAUUUAAUGAUCUCUCGAAUUUCAGAAGGUUUAUUUGUAAAACAGGCAAACACAUUGUUACACUCUACAGUUUUGUGACCUCCAAAAACUUUGCGUAUGUUGAAGGUGACUCUGGGGGAAGAAUUUAAGUAGCAAAGCUGUGGUCUCAUGAGAUGAAAGCCAGGUGUAAUUUUCAAUACCAAAGUCACUGGGUGGUUUUCUGUUGACUCUCCUGACAAUUGCUUGGCGAAGUAAUGUGUGCACCCAAAACCAACAAACUUUUAAGCACCCACGUGCUGUAGUGGUCUGUACACCGUUACCUCGGCCAGGGCAGAUUGCAGUGUUUGUUAGUAACAGAGUACAGCAGUCCUUUUCCUUCCCUUAAAUCUCUAGUGUUAACACAAGAGAUGCUGCUACAGUUAUGCCCAAAGUACAUCCUCCAGGUGACAGAAAACCUCUGCCAGUGCAAGGACAGCUCUGCUGAGGAGUUGGGACCAUCCUGUCCUCUCCAGGAACUGACAAAAACUUUCCAGACGUGAGUGUAUUGCACUUCAGGGAUUCAGAGAGGUUCAUUCCCAGGCUGUUCCCAACCGUAUUCCUUCCAUUGAGUGGUUUUGGUGCAUUUCCUUCUCUUUGGCCCCUCUUAACAGCCAUUUUAGGGAUGACUGUGGUAGCAGAGCAGAGAGCCUCCUGCCCAGGUGCCACCAUUGUGGGGCAGCAGGUGCCAGGUACUCCACCCCAAAGCCUAAAUGCAGCCUUGGUGCAGCGAGGGGCACCUGUGGCAGUUGUGCAUUGCGUGUUCCCUGGUCCCAUGAAUGGAGUUUAAGUCCUCAAAUGAAAAAAAACCAAACCAAUAACAAAAACAAAAAUGUUCCCCCCUCUUAUCCUCUCCCUUUCCAGUGCCGUCUCAAACAGAAUGUGAAUGUUGCCCUCAGUAUUAAUGCAAGCAGAGAUCAAUAAACAAGGCAUUGUGAUUUCUCUGUUCCAAGACCCGUGGCCCCUGAUUAUGUAGCAUCUCCUUUCCUUUCUUUACACCCAGAUAGUCUCCCCUGACCCCCAGGGAAGCCCCGAAUGCAGCUGCCAGAGCUCUGUGCCUGCCUGGGUUAGGGGGGCACUCACCUCCAGUGCCUGCGGUCUGCCUUGGUAAAUGGUGGCAGGAAACAGUGCUGCAGUAACUCCCUGCAGGAAACCGGGUGUGCAGCUCUGGAGCAGGCUUGGGGAUACAAAGCAGGGCCCCGAGGCUUAACUCCUUUAUCAGCUUUGCAUUAGCACGUUCUGGGUCCUGUCUAAAAGCCACCACUCCGAGGCGCCCCACACUGCACCAAGUUGCCAGUGUUGCAACUUUCUCCCAAAGCAAAGUGUUGAGAUGUGACGGUGUUUGCCUUGGCAUGGUGAGCCCCUCACUGUGCUGCUGUUUCUGUAAGUGUUACUGAAUGUAAAGGUCUGUUGGAUGUGACCAACACGGUAGUGAACUUGAGAUGCAGUAUCUGUUUUGUAAAACCUGCCAAAGGAGGGGAGGCUCAAGUGGAGGCUGCCCAUUGGAUAUGACUUCUGCUUCUUAUGGCAGGUUAUGGAUUUGUUUGAGUGUCUGUUUACCUUUAAAAAAAAAAAAAAAAAAA